GAGUGAAAACAGAGGUGUGGCACCUCACUUUGCUCCUCCAGGGUUAUUGCACCUCUCUCGAAGUCAAGGAGUGAUCCACUGCCCUGCGGAUGUUUAGGAGCAGUCCGUUCAGCCUCUCUCAGUCAGAGAAGAUUUUGUCGGAUUCUUGGAUGCGGCACGUGUUUCACUCUCAAACAGCUGGUUAACUAUGUUACAUGCUGCUUCCGCAAACGCUGCCUUCACUUUAUUAUUUGGCAAGAGGGAGAUCGGUCAACUAAAGUUGGAUGCCUGUGUUCGUCAAGAAUGGGCAGAUGUUCCCAGAGGUUAAAGGCUUGUUGGAAAUGUGUGCUUUGCUUUCCGGUUGUGCUGUGUGUCCUGUACUUCAGUUCUCCAUCUUUGAGAUUUUUUGCGACCUUCAUGCCUGUUGAAAAAUGUAAACUGGAGAGUUCUCGGGCUCUGCUUCAGGACAACAGCGUGGAUGCUGGGCUCGACCUCAUGACCAGACAUGACGUGCAAACAUGUACAUACUGGAGAGCUCCCAUCAUCUGGGAGGGAAUGUUUGACCCUCUUCUUUACGACAUGAUGCACCAGAGCGACGGCUCCUCUGUGGCUCUGACGGUGUUUGCUGUUGGCAGGUACCUGGAUGCUUACCUCCCUGCCUUCCUGAACUCAUCAGAGCAUCACUUCAUGCUGGGUUUGCCGGUGACGUAUUACAUAUUCACAGACAAGCCGGAAAAUGUGCCAGACAUGAAGCUCCCUCCUCUGCGGAGCCUGAGGGUGAUCAAAGUGGAGAAGCACUCGAGGUGGCAGGACAUCUCUAUGAUGCGAAUGAAGACUAUAUCAGAUGUCAUAGAGACAGAUAUUCGCCGCCGCUGCACGCACGUCUUCUGCUUUGACGUGGAUCAGGUGUUCACCGGGAGAUUUGGCUCGGAGGCUCUGGGUGAUUCUGUGGCUCUGCUCCACGCCUACUACUACCGCCUCCCGAAGAGCUUUUACACCUACGACCGCAACCCAAAGUCCAAAGCCUACAUGAAGACGGGGGAUUUCUAUUACCACGCUGCCAUCUUUGGAGGCCUGUGUGAGAACGUGAAAGCAUUAGCUAACGCCUGCUACCAGAGCAUCAUGGAGGAUAAAGAGAAUAAUGUGGAGGCCUUGUGGCACGACGAGAGUCACCUAAACAAGUACCUGUGGCUUCACAAACCAAGCAGGGUGCUGUCCCCUGAGUACUGCUGGGACCCGCUAAUCGGCCACAACAGUGACAUAAAAGUCACGCGACUGGAGUGGGCGCCGAAGCAGUACAAGAAGCUCCGCGCACCUUAGGGGUUUCCAACACUCCAAUACAAACCUCCCUGUUCUCUGAUAUCUGAUAAACACACUCUGUUCUGCCAACAACUGGAUUUCCUGUUGAGUGACAAUCUCCCACCGACUGUCUGCCUUGUCAGAGAAUCGUGUUUUUUUUCUUUAGUAGUUAGGUACAUUUCUGCACAUGAUGCCCUUUACCAUGUAAGUGUUGGAACAAAAAUAUUUUUGAUGAAUAAAUGAUGCAGUGGGCAACAGA